UAAAAUGCAAUAGUACAGCUGUUGAACUCCAAGCCAAGGCUACACUCAAUUUUCUCCGUAGCUAAUGUUUAUCUAGUUAUUUACAUUUACAACUGUACUCAUUUAUUUCCUAAUACAAUAUUACACUUUAUUUCAUAAGGUAACGUUUUUGUCUGGAUAGAAAGAGGUCAACCUUCAAUCGGCCCUUGAAUUUAUGAGUUUGGGAGAUAGGUUUUGUUACCAAGGUCCUCGGCUAGAUCUCUGGCACACAGAAGAUGCUGUAAAAGUUCAAACUCUUGAAUGUUAAUUAUUUAGUUAUAAUUUCCUUAUUAUUAAUAACUUUAAAUUCUUUACUUCCUAUUAGUGCCUUACCUGUGAAAUGUUUAGAAUUGGGGUUUUAGUAUGGAAGGAAUUUCUUUGAAGAAAAGUAAUCCAGCGCUCAAGAUGCGAGAUGAAUUCUGUUUUCACCCAAAUUUCCUGACUGCUUCUUUUAUGAUCAUCGAAAGCGUUGAAAAAGUGGGACGAGAUCUUUAAGAACCCUCUGGUAGAUCAACUACUGAACUAUUAAAAACAAUUAAAGAAUGGAAACAAAUUUGUCAACAUUCAUUAAAAUUAAACCAAAUAUUGAUGAAAGAUCUUUGUCAACUUCCUAUCAAUCCUGACAAUAAGAUCAGGUGGAACUAAAGACUGAUUAGUUUAUUUUUGGAAACUGGGUAUUUUUUUAGUUUUUGAAAUCGUUAUGAGGUGAAGUGGUGUUUGUGAGUGCGUGUGUUUAGUUAUUUUCAAAAUGUGGGCGGCCGUUUUAGUUUUUGUUCACAUUAUUAUUUUAAUUGAGGCGUCGAAAUAUGCUGAAAGCAACGAUACCUCCCAGCCGAUGUCCAAGGCUGAGAGAGACAGUCUCAAGGAAGAGUCUCGUGAUAUGUUCUAUCAUGCCUACAGGGCCUAUAUGCAAAAUGCGUAUCCAGCCGAUGAGUUGAUGCCUCUGAGUUGCGCCGGCAGAUGGCGGGGUAGUCACGCCAGUAGAGGCGACAUAGACGACACUCUUGGAAAUUUUUCGUUGACCCUGAUCGACACGCUGGAUACACUCGUGAUAUUGGGUGACAUCACUGAGUUCGAACACGCAGUCAAAUUAGUAACGUCGAGCGUAUCAUUUGACAACGAUGUCGUAGUGUCUGUCUUUGAAACAAACAUCCGAGUGUUAGGCGGUCUAUUGUCGGGCCACGUGUUAGCUGAAUACCUGCAGGCAAGGCAUGGAGUGAUGCGCUGGUAUGCCGGGGAGCUGCUCGAUCUAGCCAAGGAUCUCGGCUAUCGGCUGUUGCCAGCCUUCAACACCACUACCGGGAUACCUCAUGCACGGAUCAAUCUACGCCAUGGUUUGAAAACACAGAAGCUGGAGUGGUCUCGUGAAACGUGCACUGCUUGUGCUGGCACAAUGGUCCUGGAAAUGGCUGCUCUUUCUAGGCUCACUGGUGAACCCAUUUUUGAGGAGAAGGCUCAUCGCGCCAUGGACGAACUCUGGCGUCUGCGACAUCGCAGUUCGGAUUUGAUGGGAACUGUACUCAACGUACAGUCUGGUGCCUGGGUGAGGAGAGAUUCUGGAGUGGGGGCUGGUAUCGAUUCUUACUACGAGUACUGUUUGAAGGCAUACAUUCUGUUGGGCGACUCGCGCUACCUGGGCCGAUUCCAGCGGCACUAUUCGGCGGUGAUGAAGUACAUCUCACGGGGCCCUAUGCUGCUAGAUGUACACAUGCAUCGGCCUCACACCAACUCACGCAACUUCAUGGACGCGCUGCUCGCGUUCUGGCCCGGUCUGCAGGUGCUGAGCGGAGACUUGAAGCCGGCGGUCGAGACGCACGAAAUGCUCUACCAGGUGAUGCAGCGACACAACUUUAUACCCGAGGCGUUCACCACUGAUUUCCAGGUCCAUUGGGGCCAACACCCACUGCGACCAGAGUUCCUGGAGUCGACCUACUUCCUGCACCGGGCCACGGGAGACCCCUACUACCUCCACGUGGGCAAACACGUGCUCAAGGCACUGCAGAAGUAUGCACGUGUACCCUGCGGAUAUGCAGCCGUCAAAGAUGUGCGCACUGGUCUCCACGAAGACAGAAUGGAUUCGUUUGUGCUAGCUGAAACGUUCAAGUACCUGUUCCUGCUUUUCGCUGAGCCUGAAGAUCUACUAGUUGAUCUUGACGAGUUCAUUUUCACGACUGAAGCCCAUCUGCUGCCUCUCUCAUUAGCUAGAAGUCAUUCCAAUGUAACUGUGUUCUCGAUAACAGAGGUGUCCGGCGGAGGAGCCGGCGUAGAGGAGCCGAUGGAAUACACACGACAGUGCCCCUCCCCGCUACGCCUGUUCCCCGACGCCGUGCGUCGUUCCCUGCGAAACAUGGUCGACGGCGUCUGUCCUCCCUCCAACAGUGACCCCCCCACCACUCCCCAACAGCGCAAACUGCUCGCCUCACAAUUCCAAUCUGGAAAUGAAGAACACAUGAAAUUGUUGAACGACAUGGGAAUUACUGUAGCGACAUUGGCUGAUGGAAGGGUUCAACUGCUUCACACAUUUUCAAAUGCGAAAUCAGUGGUGGACGCAGAGGAGGGACUGCUAUUCAUGCAGGAGAUGGUGGAGCUGUCCAAGUCGCAGGCGGCCGAGACGCAGCCGCAGACGAUUGCGUUCACCAAUCAGGAUGAGCUGGUGCGGUUGAAUGCAGGCCCCGCCCACUUUGGACGACAGCUGCGAGGUGCUGACACGGUGAGUGGUCGAGUGGGCGUGGCCAAUCCAUUGAGGGCGUGUGACACACUGACCAAUCCUGAAUGGCUGCGAGGUCGUAUCGCCAUAGUCGAGCGAGGAGAUUGUAUGUUCGUCGAAAAGGCUCGACGGUUGGCCGCAGCAGGCGCCGUGGGUGGCAUAGUAGUUGACAACGCUGCAGUUGGGGGAGAAGGGGGCACGUCGGGAGGGGGGGCUGCGUCCCCCAUGUUCGCCAUGUCGGGAGACGGCCAAGAUGACGUCACCAUCCCCGUUGUCUUCCUGUUCAGCAAGGACGCCUGGAAGCUGUUGCAAGCUCUCGCCUAUGAUCCGUCAACUAUUAUCACCAUGUCAGAUCAUCAGGUCAACGAAAAAAUGGAAACAAGAAGUAAUGUACAAAUUGAGAAACGGAAAGAGCCUGUUCAAUUGAGCACUUUGGAGCAAAUCAAAGGCUCCGUUCAGAACUUCCUCUUCAAUGAUGAUGAUUCUUCAGAUUCACAGAAACCGGAAGCAGUUAGCAGCAAGCAAAACCUAGUAGACGUGGCCAGUGGUCAGGUGACUCCAGCGUACACCGACCGGAUGGGGCGUCGCGACGCCUUUAUCAGCAGCGAAGUACAACGAACAACGACGGCUGUAGUUUCGCCCUACUAUCGCGAACAUUUGCGAAAACUGCUCCUGGAAAUGCUCGCCAAACCACAUGCCGAAAAGUGGCUGGGAAAAGCUAAUGCGCGCGCCGAUAGAGACGAUCUGGUUCAAGUGGAAGUGGCCACCUCCACAUCUUCUUACUCUCCUUCUUCUUUUCCUCUUCCUUCCUCCUCAUCUGCUUCUUCCCCUCCCCCUCCUUCACCAUCAUCGUCCUCCUCCUCCUCCACAUCUCCCCGUAAUCGUAUAGGAAUCAGAAACCCCGACGAAUUAUAACGCUAGGUUAAUGCACUAGACAUUUUCCAAUGACACUUGCUAAAGUGAGACGCCUCACUUUAAACUGUCACCAUUGGUAGAAUGGAAAGUAUUGAUAUUACAUAUGAGGAAUACUGACAGUUUGAAGUGAAGCUUAUCUACCGUAGAGAGGUUCACUUUUGGGUGUCAGCACUCUUUGAAUGAACAGGAUUGAUAAAUUAAUGUACAGGGUGUUUCAGAGAAACGGGAAAUUUUUAAAGUUGAAUAAUUUCAAGAAAAAUAAAUCUUUAAAUAAAGUUUUUCAUAUUAUUCAAUAGU